GUUGGGAUUUAUUGUACGUCCCUGGGCAUUAUUCCGGAAGGGAUUGUUAUGCGUGUUUGGGUUCUUCCUAGUGAAUCAGCUGAUCAGGAACUCACCAAACUAUAGUAAACGUGACUGCGCGAUGGGAAUUGGCUUGAUCAAAUCAAGUUUUGCCAUGUUUGUGAUCAUAACAAAAUCAUGAAGACUCCCUGCAUUCGAUGCUUUUUGUAAUUCAGUCCUGCUCGGAGAAAACAUAUUCGUGGACGAAGGAAAACGGUGGGGAGCAUUGAGGUGUAGGCCAGCGAAGUGCAGGAAUGGAUCCUCUGGGAGCACGCUCUCAGUUUGUGGAGGUACAGACUCUGUCCACCUGGGAGCGGCAGCCAGACCCUGAGGGAGAGGAGACAGAGAAGGAGUACACUGACAGCCUGGUCAGCCAGGAGGCCUUCCCCUCCCCUUUUCCCUACAGAGAGGACAUCAACAGGAAGAUAGUGCUCUAUAAUGGCGAUGUGGCCCUGCUGAACUGCACAGCGAUUGUCAACACGAGUAACGAGACUCUGACGGACAAAAACCCCAUCUCUGAGAGCAUCCUCUUACACGCUGGGCCUGAGCUUCGAGAUGAGCUGCUCAAACUGAACGGAUGUCGGACAGGCGAGGCGAAAAUGACCAAAGGCUUUAACCUGGCGGCACGCUUUAUUAUCCACACGGUGGGCCCCAAGUACAAAGCCAAGUACAGGACAGCUGCUGAGAGCUCACUGUACAGCUGCUAUAGGAACGUCAUGCAGCUCGCCAAAGAGCAGGCCAUGGCAUCUGUGGCCUUCUGUGUGGUAAGCACAACUAAGAGAGGAUACGCACUAGAGGACGCCACACACAUCGCCUUCAGAACGGUUCGCCGGUUUCUCGAGAACCAUGGAAAGAGCAUAGAGAUGGUGGUGUUCGCUGUGACGGAUAUGGAAGAGCCUACAUACAGGAAGCUGCUUCCUCUCUACUACCCUCGUUCUGAGGAAGAGGAGCGCGCCAGCCUGCCCCUAAUCCCUGCCGACAUUGGCAACUCGGAGGGUGAGCCUGUAGUCCCAGAGAGACAGAUCCGCAUCGCUGAGAAACCAGGCAGUCUGGAAGAUGACUGUGAGGAGGAGACUCUGGACUCAGACCUGGGCCAGGUGGGGAAUCAUGCGUUUGCCCGGAUGGAGGGAGAUGUGGACAAACAGCGCAAACUCAUCCUGCAGGGCCAGCUGUCUGACGCAACCAUCCACAAACAGCAUCAGAGAAAUUAUAACCGCUGGUUAUGUCGAGCCAGGGCAGAAGACUUGUCUGACAUAGCAGCACUGAAAGCCUUAUAUCAAACUGGUGUUGACAUGUGUGGCAGGACGGUGAUGGUUCUUGUUGGCAGAAAUAUUCCUGUGACCCUCAUCGACAUGGAAAAGGCCCUGCUGUACUUCAUCCAUGUCAUGGACCACAUCACAGUGAAGGAGUAUGCAAUGGUUUACUUCCACACUCUGACCGGAGAACAUAACCAUCUGGACCCUGAAUUCCUUAAGAAGCUCUACGAGAUUGUUGAUGCCAAGUUUAAGAAGAACUUGAGGGCUUUCUACUUUGUACACCCCUCAUUUCGCUCCAAGGUGUCCACCUGGUUCUUUACAAGAUUCAGUGUGUCAGGGAUGAAAGAGAAGGUCCAUCAUGUAGAGACCCUCCAGCAGCUCUUCACCUGUAUUCUGCCUGAACAGAUAGACAUCCCCCCCUUCGUCCUGGAGUACGACGCACGGGUGAAUGGGGCUUACCGCCCCGCCCACUCCUCCAGCCUAUGAAUGGACCAAUCAGAACUCUGACUGAGAUCAAAGCCCAAGGACUAUUUUAGACUCACUACAUCUACAGUCACAUAACUGGCUCCACUUCCUGGUUCUGACCAGCAGUAACUCUGUGGUUUAGCUCCUUUACCAGAUUAUAAGCCACCCAGGGCCUGUGGGCCUAGGUGGACUUUGAGUUGAUUUUGCUCUGCCUGGGACCUCACAAGGACAUUAUGAUGGACAAUGACACUCUGAGAAGCCUGGAAACUAAUGAACCUAGGAUUGUUUUUUAUUAGCAGUGCGAUACAAUCAGAUGACAGACAGAUUGACGGACAGACGAAUGGGUCUCUCUGUGACGGAGCCUGUGUGAACUGGCCAACCUAUCCCAGGACACACUGGUGGCCUGUCUUAAAAUCCUGCACGUGUGUGUGAGAAUGCGGGCACGAGACAUCACUCAUGUUUCAAAUGUUUUAUUUUUGCACAACUUCACCAAAUGGUAGGUUGAAGGUUAUGUGUUCACAAUCACAAGCUGCUUAAUUGUGAAGCUGUUUUUAGGUGUCCCAGAACCUAGUGUCCACACUAUCCCUUUCCAUCUACUCGGUUUCUUAUUUAACGCACACAGUUGAAAUCAUUUAUCAAGUUUAUGGAAACUAGAAUGUGCCUCACAUGAAACACAAUGAUACCGUAAACAUAAUUAUACUACAUUCAAACCUACUGCUUUUUUCUGAAUACCAAAUAAACUUUGUUAGCCAUGCAGUCAGGUUCUUCAUACGUACGUUAACUUGAUUUCUCCUUUAUCUACACUGUUAUAUUGUGCUAUUAUUUCAAUGUAUACCAUCUUUGCUCUUCUGUCAUUGAACACACACACUUUCCUGAGACAUGUUAGUGAAUAAAAGACUGUAUUGAGAGCCACACAUUGUAUAGGCUAUACAGUAGUUCAUGGUUGAGUAUCAGCUGAAGUUAGUCUUGUUUUAGUGGUCCAUAGAGAAAGUAUGUAGUCAUCUGAGAUUUGAGCUGCGUCUCAAUACAUUCUGUCUCAAUACAUUCUUUGCCAAGAUGUCGAGGUUUUUAAUUUUCAGGUAAAGACGUGAAAAUAAACAGUCGUACCAUUCUGA